CGACCAGCAGCCGGCACCUGCGGCCGGCACUCGGCCGACGUCGCGCCAUGGGAGUGGUGCGAGGGGUCGCUGCCGCCGCAGACAUCGACGCCGACGUCCCGGCACACUCCACAGGCGGCUUCUCGUGGCUUGGGGUGGCGGCGGUGGGCGCCGUGGGCGCGAUGGCGCUGGUGCUGCUGGCCGCCGUAUCGUACCACUGUGCCGCCACCUGGCGCUGGCUGCGCUCGAAGGCGCGCGGCGACGACGGCGGCGCCGGCUUCCUGGGCCGCCAGGCGGCCGCCGCCAUCCGCAUCUCGCACUCGCUGCCCGAGCUGCAGCCCGAGCCGCCGCGCUCCGAGUACGUCCAGGACCCCAAGGACCCCAAGAAGCAGGUGCUGCGUCAGACGACGCUGCCGUCGGUGCCGACGCGCCACCAGACGUUCCAGAGGCAGCUGUCGCACCGGCUGGACCUGCCCAACAUCCAGUUCAGCGUCUGCAGCCUCGGCCCGCGCCCCGACACCGGCAUCGGUCUCAUCAAGCCUGAGCUGUACAAGAAGGAGAUGAUGGCCCGCCAGUCUUCCACGGACAGUUCCAGCACCGAGAUGGAGUACUGCGGCAAACUCCACUUCGCCCUCAGAUACGACCAAGACAUCGAGGGGCUCAUAGUGAAGGUGCUGGAGGCCCGCGACCUGCCCGUGAAGGACAUGAUGGGCAGCAGCGACCCGUACGUGAAGGUCUACCUGCUGCCGGACCGCAAGAAGAAGUUCCAGACCAAGGUGCACCGCAAGAACCUCAACCCCAUUUUUAACGAGACCUUCAUCUUUAGUGUUCCGUACGAUGACCUCCGCCAUCGGUACCUGCAGUUCUCCGUCUACGACUUCGACCGGUUCUCCCGCCACGACCUGAUCGGGCAGGUGGUCCUCAAGGGCCUGCUCGACAGCGUCGACCUCCUGCAGGAGAUGGAGUACACCAUGAACAUCCUCUGCGCGCCGCAGGAUAAGGUGGACCUGGGCGAGCUGAUGCUGUCGCUGUGCUACCUGCCGACGGCGGGUCGUCUCACUGUCACCAUCAUCAAGGGACGCAACCUGAAGGCCAUGGACAUCACCGGCUCCUCAGAUCCGUACGUCAAAGUGUACCUGCUGUGCGAAGGGAAACGUAUAAAGAAGAAGAAAACAACUGUCAAAAAGGCAACGCUAUGUCCAGUCUACAACGAGGCUCUGGUGUUUGAUGUCCCCGCAGAAAACAUCGAGGACGUGAGCCUCAUUGUCAACGUCAUCGAUUAUGAUAGGAUUGGACCAAAUGAACUCAUGGGUUGUACAGCAAUUGGUGCAAGCUUUAUUGGUGUUGGUCGUGACCACUGGUUGGAGAUGCUUGACAACCCACGAAAGCCUGUAGCUCAGUGGUACCCACUGCUUGAUUCUGUUCCUGGCCAGAUUCCUUCUACUGGACCACACCCAUUGCCAGCAAGUUUCAGCUGCCUCAACAGCAGAUGAAGAGAAAGUCACUAAAAUAAACAUGGCACAGAGGAAAACUGGAUGGAGGUUUGCUCAAAAGAGGUACAUUUCCUGAAGAAGGUAAUUGGAUACAUGAUACUGAAAUAAAAACUUAGGUAUCUGCACUGUAUGUUCUGAUGGAAUCAAAAAGAUAUGUCUCUAAUGCAGCUCUGUGUACCUCCUACUGUCCAUAAAAGUAAUUAUUUCCAUAUAUAACAAACUAUUUCUGUGAUGUAGAAAAGAAUGUAAUACAGUAGUGUGACAAACUCUGUAAGUAUGAAAUAUACACUUAGCUAAGAGAAAAAAUGCUUUAGUACUAGAAAUUCUUUUUAUAUGAGAAAGAUCAUAUCUGAAUAUUCUGUAAGAAAAUUUAAACAGAAUGUGUGAAGACUAUCAUAUGAAGCACAAUGUAUAUUUGAAUUACAAGAAGCUUUUUCGGUGUGUAGCAUUUUGAACUUAUAUGCAUUCUUUGUCACUUCUGUGUGUUAACUAAAAAGAUAUUAACAUGUAAAAGAAAUUUGCUAAGCAUAAAAUCUACAACAUGCAUAAACAGUAACAUAAUAUUAAGGAAAAAACAAAGGGUUUAUGUUGUUGAUUGCAUGGAUAGACCUUUACCUGUGACAAAUAAUGCUACUGGGAUAAAUUAUAAGCCAUCAGAUAGUAUUGUAAAUAAGACUUUAAUUUUGUAAAAGAAUAUUUAUUUCCUCACAAUUAGUGUAUGAAACUGUGUGUUCAAAUCAGCUUUAUGCAUCACAAGUAUAUAGGGAUGAAUGUUUUCCUCUUAAAUGAUCUUCUGGAAUGAGCAGUUGUUCAUGGUCAAUGUUUAAAAACGCAUUUGAGCUUAUAUAUGUAUGUGACACCUUCAGAUCAUUGACAGUAAAAUAUGCACAUAAAUAUCAUGAUUGGAACUUCUUUUUAAAAACAUAGAUAAAUGCAUAAUUUACAAGUCAUAAAAACAAGGACAAAAAUACUGUUACUGAUGUGUCUGAUAUUUUACUGCAAUACCAUUCUUUAUGAGACAGUUCGCAAUGAGAUAUAAGAUGGCUGCAUAUUAUAUAUGAAAUGUAGAACUGAAUUUGGGUUACUGUCUAGAUAAUCAAUUUUAUAUCUCUCUUGCGCCACACCUUUUGUUUUUAUUUUUUGUUGGCUUUACUAUUAUAUGGAAAUGGUUUUCCACACAUGGUCUUGUAUCAAAGGUUGUAGAAAGCUGUUAUUUUUUAGUAUUAUUUCGACUUAAUAAGCUCACCAUUUUAUUGCCUGCUUGGGAAGCCAUAGUAAUUACUCAAAAACCAGAUCUAAUAGUUGCAAAAAAUGUCAGUCUUUUUUCAAUUUAAGUAUUAAAUGAUUUUAUUUCUACAAUACUUCUUAAGAAUACUAUCUCAUAGAUGUUCGAGAAAAUUAAAUACAUACAAAAUUCAUAAAAGUGAAACUCCACAUUUGUAAUGCAGUAAUUUGUAUAAUGUACAUAUCAUGCUGUCAAGCAAAAGGAAAAGAAAUAAUAUCUUUACACCAUAAGAAGCUGAUAUAUCAUCAGUUAUACAGAUAUUAACACUACAAAAGUUGUAACCCAUGGCAUAAAUGUUACUAUGGUGUAAACUUUCUUCAACUGUAGUGAGAAACAACUGAAAUAUGAAUAUGUGUGUACUGUAAUGGGAUCUGUUAUAAUCUCAAUGGAAAAUUCAUCAAAUGAAAUGUCAGUGCAUACUAUUUGACCACUGUAUCACCACAAAAUGUUAUUCUUGCUGAGCUGUUUGCUCCUCAACUAUGUAACUCUUGUAAGAAAUAAUACAUAUUGGCAAAUCUGUUGUCCUUUGAUCAAAUUUAAUUUUUUGACAACUUUCCAUCAAAGUACUUACAGAAAAGAAAUCUAGUGAUUUCUCCCUAAAACUGCUGUUUUAAUUCUGGUAGUACCAAUUUAUGCUAUAACAGAAAUUAAAUAGUCAAUUCACACAUGUUUGUUCAUAGAGCACCAGAAUAAUCUCAGAACACAGUGGUGUCUUUAGUUUGGGGUAAAUAUUUAUCAUAUAUCUUGACAAAAUUUUGGAUUUCCAUCACUGUACUUGUUCCUUCUGUACAGUAAAUUGUUCAUCACUAUUGAUGGAAAAUCUGAAAACCUCAUUCUCCAUAAGUAAUCUAAAAUGUCAACAUUAACUUCUUGUUUCACAUGCUACGUUAACUGAACUUGGUUCUCUUCGUGAGAUCAUAAAACAGGAAAAAAAGAUCAGAAUUAUAUUGCCCAAUUUUUUUAUGCGAAACAUAAUUCUAUUUAAAAUGAGAAAAUGUUGUCUUGCCCCUGGCAUUAAUAAAACAACUAUGAUUUGUUAAGUGUGUUCUUUAUUUAACACAGCUUCUAAGUAACACUCAACCACAAUAAGAAUCAACAAAUAAUUAAAACAAUGCUGCACCAAAAACUUGUUGUUCUCUGUGGAAACCUGGCAAAUAAAUGAAGACUUGGAUGAACUGAGAAAAAUAAUCAUAAAAAUGCAAUUGCCCACCUAAUAAUCAUCACAGUCUAAACAUGGAAAUUUUGUAAAAUUACAUGCACAUUAUACUCAAUGAGAGUUGUCAGUUCCAAAAGUUAGUCUUGCCCAUAUUUCAGCCCUGACAGUGCUCUCUCUCUCUCUCUCUCUCUCUCUCUCUCUCUCUCUCUAUACACACACACACACACACACACACACACACACACACACACAUUUUAUAAAGAAUAAGUCUUCUCUCUCGCAUGUCACUUCUGUGAUCUGCUCCUUAAAUUAACACAAUGUCAUUAAUCAUCUAAGUGAUCAAAACACCAUACAAUUGUCAUAAGUUACAGUGUGCAUUUGGAAUUUCUACUAAAAUACACUGUACAAUACCAAUACACUUCACAGAAUGGCAGUUCUUUGCUAAUGUGCCUUCUUAUCACAAAUCUGUCAUUACCACACCUAAUGACAUGGCUUCGAUAUUUCAAAGCUUGGUUCCGCAUGUGGUAAAAAAUAUUUAUGUAGAUAUUCUUGCUUUGCUGCAUUUCUGUUUAAGUGAAACCUUCACCUAUUUUUCAUACCUCCACGCAUAAAUAGCCAUGUCCAUAACUGCAUAGUGGUGCAUACCAUAAUUUCCAUAAAAGAAUGAGAAACAAGAAUUUUUGAACAGAGUGACAUUUCCAGUUUUGGAGGUUUUGAUUCUUAUUCAGGGACAUCAUAAAUAAGAAGGAUACUCAAAGAGUAACUUGCCAACCGAAAAAAUGUUGCGAGUUUUAAGUUUCUUUUCAUCAUGGUCUAUAGGUCUGAGUGACAACUAAAUUGUAAUCCAUCUUCUUCAUUAAAUGAAAAUACCGCCCAACUGUUUGCUUACCAUAUUCUACGACAACACACAACCUUAAUUUAGCAUAAAAUUUAUUCUAAUGAACUAAGAAUAUAACAAGAGAUCAUGGUCAUCAAAAACUUUAUUUUAUAUGUAAUAUUUCUUGCUUUAUUUUUAAUAAAAUUGUAAAAAUUAUAAUAGCAUAAAUGAUUAUGUUACAACAAUUAUUAAGUGUGAAUUAUAGCCACAUACACAAACAGAUCUUUGAUCAUCCAGUUUUCAUGAAAAAUUAAGAAAUUCGAAUCUUUCGAGGAAGAAAAUUGUACAAGCAGUUCAUCUCUGUUAUCAGAAAAGCAUAUUCUUAUGUAUUUAUGUAAGUGAAUGUAUUUUGAUAUGCAUAUAACACAAAAGUUGUCUGUGUCAAAAUAUUUUAUGUAAUGUGCCUGUUAAACUAACAUAAUCUCUGACUAUGCUAAAUAGUAUAUAAAUGUUGGAUACAAAAUAAAUUUUAUGUGCAGUUCACAUGUGUAGCUUAAAUCCUAAUAUAAUGUUUUUCUUUCCCUUACAUCCUUAAGGCAGUAGCCCACUUAUUCCUUUUUAACUUAAGAUCAAGAUCAUUAUCAUGGUAAAGUACACAGCCUAAUUUAUCAAAUGAAAUAAUAACAAUGAUGACAAUAAUAGUAGCAUUAAUAAUAGUUGUAUGAAUAAAUAAACUAUGAAAAAACAACAGUUUUUCAAA